AUGAUUCUACUGGACCUCUGUUCACUCGAGUUUGUGCUGAAGGUGUUCGCAGAGGUUGCAGCUAUCUCCAAGCCGGCAGAUUAUCAUGGAAAACAGAGCAUGCGCGACCAGAUGCUUCAGACCAGUCAUCCAACACCCGCCGUUGUCGUGGCUUUCUGA